CGUUGGUGUGGGACUUCUCGGGUCUGCGGGCCGGAGAAAUUCGGGUGCGGGGAGUGACGCCUUGCAGGAGGCUGCCCCGCCCCCUCCCUCCCCCCGCCUGAUUUCGUUGAGGAGGGAGCCGCCCCGUUCCCGCCCCUAACUGGCCCGGCGGAUCUAGGAGGUGGAGACCGAGUCGACCUGCAGAGAUGGAGGCAACCAGCACCUGGGCACUACUGCUGGUGCUGCUGCUGCUGUUGCUGCUGGCGCUGGCACUGCCCAGGACACCAGCCCGAGGCUAUCUACCUCCGGGGCCCACCCCGCUGCCGCUGCUGGGGAACAUCCUGCAGCUGCGUCCCGGGGCGCUGUACUCCGGGCUCUUGCGGCUAAGUAAGAAAUAUGGGCCUGUGUUCACUGUACACCUGGGCCCCUGGCGCCGCGUGGUGGUCCUGAUUGGCCAUGAUGCUGUAAGAGAGGCCCUGGGAGGUCAGGCUGAGGAAUUCAGCGGGCGUGGAACGUUGGCAACGCUGGACAAGACUUUUGAUGGUCAUGGGGUUUUCUUUGCCAACGGGGAGCGGUGGAAACAGCUGAGGAAGUUCACCCUAAUCGCGCUACGGGACCUGGGCAUGGGCAAGAGAGAAGGCGAGGAGCUGAUCCAAGCAGAGGUGCAGAGCCUGGUGGAGGCCUUCCAGAAGACAGAAGGACGACCAUUCAAUCCUUCCAUGCUGCUGGCCCAGGCCACCUCUAAUGUCGUCUGUUCCCUCAUCUUUGGCAUCCGUUUGCCCUAUGAAGAUAAAGAGUUCCAGGCUGUGAUCCAGGCAGCAAGUGGUACCUUGUUGGCGAUCAGCUCCCCGUGGGGCCAGGCUUACGAGAUGUUCUCCUGGCUACUGCAGCCCUUGCCGGGCCCACACAAGCAGCUGCAGCGCCACCUGGGCACCCUGGCUGUCUUCGCUGUCCAGCAGGUACAGCGGCACCAGGGAAGCACCCACACUUCAGCUCCUGCACGUGAUGUCGUUGAUGCCUUCCUGCUGAAGAUGGCACAGGAGAAACAGGAGCCGGGCACAGAAUUCACCGAGAAGAACUUGCUGAUGACAGUCACCUACCUGCUGUUUGCUGGGACAAUGACCGUCGGUGCCACCAUCCGCUAUGCCCUCCUGCUCCUGAUGAAAUACCCUCAGGUGCAACAGCGAGUUCGGGAAGAGUUGAUCCAGGAGCUGGGACCCGGCAGGGCUCCGAGUCUGAGCGAUCGCGCUCGCCUCCCUUACACCGAUGCAGUUUUACACGAGGCGCAGCGGCUCCUGGCGCUGGUGCCCUUGGGAAUGCCCCAUACCCUCACGAGGACCACUUGCUUCCGCGGAUACACUCUGCCGCAGGGCACUGAGGUCUUCCCCCUGAUCGGCUCUGUGCUGCAUGACCCCAAGGUUUUCCCGAACCCAGAAGAAUUCCACCCAGACCGCUUCCUGGACACCGAUGGCCAUUUGAGGAAACAUGAAGCCUUCCUGCCCUUCUCCUUAGGUAAACGAGUCUGCCUGGGAGAAGGCCUAGCUCGGGCGGAGCUCUGGCUUUUCUUCACCGCUAUCCUCCAAGCCUUCUCCCUGGAGACGCCAUGCCCACUAGGUGACUUGAGCCUGCAGCCGGCGGUCAGUGGACUGUUCAACAUCCCCCCAGACUUCCAACUGCAGCUCCGGCCCACGGGUGACCAGUCUAGAUGAAGAAGGGUGGGAGCCACCUGGGAUGGCUGCCUCGAGGGGGUGUGUGCACCAGGUGUCUCAGGAGCUACACCACACCGCACACCGUGUGACCAGGCACCACACCCCGCUACACAGCAAGGCAACUGAUGUAUAUGUAUAUCCUUUUUUUUUUUUUUUUUUUUUUUUUGGAGAAGGCUAUCUGAACCAGGGUCUCGCUAUGUAGCACAGGCAGGUCUCAAACUUGUGAUCCUCCUGCCUCAAAUACCUGAGCUCUGGAAUUACAGGGAUGCACCACUAAGGGGCUGCAUAGGCUUUCAGACUACACAAAUGUCAUACACACCUUCUGAACUCACAAGCAUCCUAUCAGAUUCCCCACCAAGCCCAUCCACGACACGGCUCCCUGUGCUCCCAAUCCCAACCCAGCUACCACCCACACAGCCACACAGACAGCCCAGCCAUGUUCAGGAUUCAUACAUCCUCCCUGUCCGUCACUGCCGUCGCUGGGUCCCUGCCAUAGAAAACAGCAUGCCCCAGCUGGGGUCACAUCCCAGCCAGAGCCUGUCUACUCCCAUGAUGACCUCACCACCAUCCAGGCACAUGAUUACCUCCACCUAUAGCCACCAGCCAGCUAGUCACACAGCCGGACCAUAUGUGACAAUGUCUUGGCUCUUCCGAAUUUCUUCCUACCAAGAUACACCAUGAUGGCAAAACUGUUCCUGGCUUCCUCCACAACCUUGUUCAUUGAACACACUCCCUCCAACAAGUUGUCCCAAAUAUAAAUGUUUCCUGGCCUGUAGUUGUGCACACAGACCUUGUACAAAUGAGGACCAGCUACCCCAAGGAGAAACUUGCCCAGCCAUGUUUAUGUACUCAAGUUUAACCAGGGCUCUGCUCUCAGACACAUCUUGACUUUAUUUGGCAUCGAAGUCCCCAUCGGGGGGCUGGAGAUGUAACUCAGAAGCAGGGCACUUGCCUAGCAUUUGUGAAGCCUACGAUCCAAUCCCCAGCACUGCUCAAAGAACAAAAUUUUUAAAUCUCCAUCCAACCAUUUCCUAGCGGUCCCCUGGAAGGGUGGAUGGGUUCUGCCCCUCCAUAAUAGGACAGAGGCCAUACCUGACCUCUUUGUGGCUUCGAAGUCCCCGUUUUGCAAUAAAAGUUUGUUUCUGGCCCAGGACUGGACCCCCUCUGCUUGUGUCCUGAGUAAGGGGUGGGGAUGGGGGAGUCACCCCUCCCCUGAGGCUGGGAGGGAGCUGAAAAACACGGUCACCGCCCACCUCACUGUUGACAUCAGCACCAGAUGUGAAGCUGAGGGGGAGGGGGAGGGGAAGGGAGGGACAGAGCUGAGGCUGUCUGCUUGUCCUGCUUCGGGAUUGCUGGAAAGUCUUCAGCCAAUGACAAAUCUAGCUUGUGGAAGCUCUCCAGAUCCGAAAGCAGAUGCGGACACACCGGCACUAAGGACAUGACUGUUGCCCUGCUCUUGGCUCUUUUACCCUCCCUUCCCUCCUGUUUUCCCCAUUACUUCAUUAAAAAAGAAAAUAACCCUCAACUCUGCCUGGAAGUGUAGUCUAAUGGUAGACACCUACUUAACAUAUAUAGGGCCAUGAGUUCUUUAUCACCGACAGAAUUAAAAAUAAAAUAAUCAAAAUAAAAUAAAAUAAUCACUAAC